AUGCCCAAGCCCACUAGACAGGCACAAGGUCAAAAUCGGAAAAAGGUGAAAUCCGGUUUUCGUCGCGUAAAAUGCGAUGAGAGUCGACCGGCUUGUCGCCGCUGCGUAUCAACAGGUCGUGUCUGCGAUGGCUACGGGAUCUGGGGAGGAGGCGGGACUCCUUAUGGCCCACCGCAAGCCAACCGAGCUCUUUCGAUCUACCGUACGCCGGUUCCCGCCGGCAGUCUGACCCAUGAAGAACAGGCUUACUUUGAUUGGUUCAUGGAAAAGACGACUAAGAAGUUCGCCGGCCUGUUUAAUUCCGACUUCUGGGAGACAUUGGUUUUCCAGGCCAGCGCUCAAGAGCCGGCAGUUCGUCACGCGGUUGUUGCACUGUCGGCAGCCCAUCGAUUUGACCGAAACUAUGGCCCCUGGACCAUUCCAGCCACAUAUGGCUUUGAUGCAGAGAAAUUUACCCUCCAACAAUAUAAUAAAGCCAUUAUCAAUCUGCGAAAAACUACCGCCAGCACUAAGAAGAAUGCUCUUCGGGUUGCGUUGAUCACUUGCAUGCUCUUUGUGACCCUGGAGUAUCUCCGGGGCCAGUAUAAAAUGGGCAGUGCACAUUUACGCUACGGAAUCAAGCUUCUUUCGAACAUAUCUACAACCCAGCCCCGACUGGCAUUGUCGCCAAUUAUUCUAAAUCCAGCUGAGGACUUUGCCCUCAAUGCUCUCAUCGAUUCCUAUGCACGCCUUGCGAUCCAGUCUGCCAUGUUCGGCCAUGUGCCUUCAGAGCUAUGCGUGGUGACCUGUGAUCCACAAAAUAAUGCUCUUCCUUAUAAAUUUUCCUCUGUCUUGGAUGCUCGGCGGAGGCUAGAUGACCUGCUCAUUAGAUCCCAUUGCUUGAAAAGGCACUUGCACAAUCUCAAGAUGGCGCAGCAACCAACAGACGACCCUGAAAUAUUUGAAAUUCGACAGAGAAUUUUGAAUGACCUAUCUCUCUGGCGCAAAGCCUAUCAUGCAACUGUCACACUCCUGGAAGAAGAAUCGGAGCCAUGCAAGGACAGAUUUGGCUAUCUUCUUCUAAGUGCGUACUAUGAGAUGUGCGUGAUCAUGACGUCUGUCUCUCUUUCUUCAGAGGGAGAAUUGGUGUUUGAGUCUUACAUAGACAACUUCGUUGCCAUUCUCACUGGCUUCGAUAAGUUGUGGGAAUUCUGGCGCCUCCAGGCCAUCCAAACCAAAGAGUGGGACGAGAUCCUGAAAAGUGCCGAAUGCGGCGGACAUGGGUUCACUGUCGAGUCUGGUUUUAUUCCUCCAGUAUACUACACUGCGCUCAAGUGCCGCGUACCACGUAUUCGACGAUAUGCUAUUCGAAUGUUGCGCUCGGUGCCACAUCGCGAGGGUGUUUGGAAUGGUCCUCUUCUAGCAGACGUCCUUGAAGAGGUGAUGCGGGCCGAAGAAGGGAAUCUUUUUGACAGGGAUAAGCACGUGAAUGAACUUGAUCUGGCUUUAGCUCUGACAGAAGAAGAUAGAGCUCUGCCAAAUGUCGAGUCAAUACGUCGCGUCAUUGAUGUCACGAUUAUCCUUCCUGAUUCGGUGCGAAGUGACACUUUUGUGACCUACAAGCAGCAAAUCGAAAAGGGAGUAUGGGAGACCUUUAGGAAAAAGGUCGGCCCUGGUAAAUUGCGUGGCCAGCUUGACUUGAAUGGAAUGCAAGAUAACACUUGA